AUGGCCACACAGUUGGUCUCACUACCAGAGGUGGAAAGGCUCAGUGCGUCAGUAAUCAGGAUACUUGCAGGCAAUCCCGGGAAGUUUACGCUCCAAGUUGAAAAGAAAGAUCAUCUGCGCUCCCAUGGGAGAAGGAAAAAUGCCAACCAUCAUUCAAACCAGGCACAAAUACCUAUCUUGUCGGUCGCGGGCCGCGGCGGCUCCUUAUCGACACAGGCGAAGGAUUUGUCGAAUUUAUGCCCUGAAGCGAAGAUAUAUAAGCAUGACCUUGAUGAAGGGGAGGAAGAUAUUGAAGACGGACAGGUGUUUAGCGUCGAGGGUACGACGUUGACGGCUUUCCAUACGCCGGGCCACACGACGGAUCAUAUGGCGUUUGUGUUUGAGGAGGAGAAUGCGAUGUUUACUGGUGAUAAUGUCUUAGGGCAUGGUACAGCAGUGUUUGAAAACCUUGGGGUUUACUUAUCAACUCUUGAAAAGAUGAGUGCCCGUGGAGCAAAAAGAGGGUAUCCGGGACACGGCCCGAUCAUUGAGGACUGCAGAACAAAGAUCAUGGAAUACAUCAACCACAGACGCCAGCGAGAGAAUGAGGUCCUACGAGUCCUCGAAAACGGCACACUUGAUACCUCGAGCAUUCAGGACUCCGAUAGCAAACCGUCCUCUUGGACUACAAUGGAGCUGGUCAAAAUUAUAUAUAAAAAUGUGCCAGAGAAUCUGCACCUCCCGGCGUCUCAUGGCGUGAACCAGGUUCUUCUGAAACUGGAGGGUGACGGGAAGACCGAUGAGUGCUAUGAUAGUCUUGCUCAUUGUGGUACUGUGAUACAUCUACUGCAUCUACCCACUGGCUGCGGCGGCAAGUCUCCGAGUUCAAACCUAGCCGUCUUACCACCGGAUAGCAGGAUAUCGAUGCUCGCGACUGCUCACUAUUCAAGUUACUGUAUGAAAAGGCCCGCCUGGGCUCCAGGAAUGCCGUCAUUGUCGCUCAUCUCUUUAUCCACCGGCUUCCACGAUCCAGCGGCCAGUCGCCCAUUUUUUCUACGUUUCAACGCUCCCGAACUCUGUGAUGCCGGUAUCCUGGCUUCCCGGUUUCGUCAAAGUCUCUGCUGA